CCGGAUGGGCCAUCAAGCUCCUCUGCGCCAUCUAGUAUAAAAUCUCUCCAAGACCUAGGCGCUAAAACCCUCGCGGCGGCGCCUCUCUUUUCUCCCUCUUCCCACCCGCCGCAGCCAAAACCCCUCCUGCUUCUUACUCUCCAUAGCUCAAUCGGCGCAAGGUGAGGAGGGGUCGUUUGUUCUGAGUUUAGUUGCGGAUUGGUGAGAGAUGUUGGUGUUGUUCGAGACGCCCGCGGGGUUCGCCCUCUUCAAGGUGCUCGACCAGGGCAAGCUUGACAAGGUCGAGGAUCUAUGGAAGGAGUUCACGACGUCGGACUCCGCAAGAAAGGUGGUUGAGUUGAAGGCUUUCAACAAGUUUGAGAACACAUCUGAUGCCCUUUCUGCUGCAACCCUCAUUAUUGAUAGCAAGCCAACCAAGGGUUUGCGAAAGUUCUUGCAGAAGCACUGUGAGGGUGAAACAUUGGCUGUUGCUGAUUCUAAACUUGGAAAUGCUAUAAAAGAGAAGCUGAAAAUUGACUGCGUUCACAACAGUGCUGUGAUGGAGCUGAUGAGAGGGCUGAGAAAUCAGCUUACUGAGCUUAUAUCUGGGUUGGGCACACAAGACCUUGGUCCAAUGAGCCUGGGAUUGUCUCACAGCCUGUCCAGGUAUAAGCUGAAGUUCAGUCCUGAAAAGGUUGAUACCAUGAUCAUUCAGGCCAUUGGCUUAUUAGAUGAUCUUGACAAGGAGCUUAACACUUACGCAAUGAGGGUUCGUGAAUGGUAUGGUUGGCACUUCCCAGAGCUCACUAAAAUAGUGACAGAUAAUAUAGAGUAUGCAAAAGUUGUGAAGUUGAUGGGCAAUAGGACUAAUGCGGUCAACCUCGAUUUCUCAGAGAUACUGACAGAUGAUGAGGUAGAAGCACAGUUAAAGGAAGCUGCAGUAAUAUCCAUGGGAACAGAAGUUAAUGAUCUUGACUUGUCAAAUAUUAGGGAACUUUGUGAUCAAGUCUUGUCUCUUUCUGAGUACAGAGCCCAGCUUUAUGAUUAUCUGAGGAGUAGGAUGAACACAAUUGCACCUAAUUUGACCGCACUCGUGGGUGAAUUAGUUGGUGCUCGCCUUAUUUCUCAUGGUGGCAGUCUGCUAAAUUUGGCCAAGCAGCCUGGCAGCACAAUUCAGAUACUCGGUGCCGAGAAGGCUUUAUUCAGAGCUUUGAAGACAAAGCAUGCUACACCUAAGUAUGGUCUCAUCUACCAUGCAUCCUUAAUUGGUCAGGCCGCUCCAAAGCACAAGGGGAAGAUUUCUCGUUCGCUUGCUUCAAAAGCUGCUCUUGCAAUCCGGUAUGAUGCUCUUGGUGAUGGUGAAGAUAACUCCAUUGGUCUUGAGAGUCGACUGAAGCUUGAAACACGGCUUCGUGUUCUCGAGGGUAAAGAACUUGGGAGAUCUGCAGGUUCCACAAAGGGGAAGCCCAAGAUAGAAGUGUAUGAAAAAGACAGGAAGGGUGCUGGUGCUUUAAUUACUCCUGCCAAGACGUACAAUCCUUCAGCCGAUCUUGUUCUUGCAAAAUCUGCCGAAGAACCAGCAAAGAAGCCUGAGACGGCUUCAAAGAAGAGGAAACAUGAUGAGGCGGAGACUGCACCAUCAACAGAGCCUGCAGGGGAAGCAAUUCAGGAGGAUGGUGACCAGGAGGUUCGGAAGAAGAAGAAAAAGAAGUCCAAGGACAGUGAGGAAUCUGCUGCAACGAAUACCAAUGGUGAGAAGAAAAAGAAGUCCAAGGGGGGCAAAGAGGAGCCUGCUGGCAGCGAGAAGAAGAAAAAGAAGAACUCUGAUGUACAAGACAGCAAGAUUGUUGCGAUGGAAACCGAGUCUGGUAAGAAAGACAAAAAGAAGAAGAAAAAACAUACUGAUGAGUGAUGAAUGAGCUAUUUGCUAGAGAAGGGAAGAAAGCCAAGUAAUUUUUGGUGGGCUUGGGUUGAAUCGCUGUUCUGUAAAAUGGCAAUUUACUGGCUAUUCAAUGUCAGUUAGCCGUAGUAUAGGAACCUUGCUGCGUUUAAUUUUCUCAUGCAGCUGUAUUGAACAACUUACACUAUUUGGACAACUGGUAAAAUUCAAACUUUUGUUCCAUCCAUACAAAAAUAUGCUGGUUCA